UAUUUUGACUGAAGAAAAAGCCUAUUUUUCUCUCUCUCUCUCUCGUUCUUCUCCCAAAAUAUAAAUUUCUUUCUAUAUUAACAAACUAACAGAGCCUUCAUAAACACUUACACAUUCAAUCAAAUCAAAGAUUCAACAAACAUGUCAAACUCAUCAUCAUCCUCAGCUCGAGCCCGGUUAGCGGUGCUCGCCGCUCAUCUUGCGGCGGCGACGACUCUCGACUCCUCCUCUUUCAUAGACACAAACUGCGUGUCCGCACCUUACGUCUCGCCACCUGGCAAUCUCCAGGGUUCAUUAACCGUCAUCGACGAAAGGACCGGUAAAAAGUACCAAAUUCCCAUCUCGAAAAACGGCACCGCCAAGUCCGCCGAUUUCAAGAAGAUAAGCACUGGAAAGAAUGAAGAUAAAGGAUUGAAAUUGUAUGAUCCAGGGUAUUUAAAUACUGCACCUGUGAUUUCUUCAAUAUCGUAUAUUGAUGGAGAUGAGGGUAUUCUUAGAUACAGAGGAUAUCCUAUUGAAGAAUUAGCUGAGAGCAGCACUUUCUUGGAAGUUGCCUAUCUUAUAAUGUAUGGGAAUUUGCCAUCUUCUAAUCAGCUGGCAGACUGGGAAUUCGCUGUUUCUCAGCAUUCCGCUGUACCACAGGGCGUUUUGGAUAUUAUACAAGCAAUGCCUCACGAUGCACACCCAAUGGGUGUGCUAGUCAGUGCGAUGAGUGCUCUUUCCAUCUUUCAUCCUGAUGCUAAUCCAGCUCUUAGAGGGCAAGAUCUUUAUAAGUCCAAGCAAGUCAGAGACAAACAAAUUGCACGUAUUCUUGGAAAGGCACCAACCAUUGCAGCAGCUGCUUAUUUGAGAUUGGCUGGAAGGCCACCAGUUCUCCCUUCUAGCAACCUUUCUUAUUCUGAGAACUUUUUAUACAUGCUAGAUUCAUUAGGCGAUCGAUCUUACAAACCUAAUCCUCGACUUGCUCGAGUGCUGGAUAUACUUUUCAUACUGCACGCAGAACAUGAAAUGAAUUGCUCCACUGCUGCUGCCCGACAUCUUGCGUCAAGUGGUGUUGAUGUAUACACAGCCCUUGCUGGGGCUGUUGGAGCAUUGUAUGGUCCUUUGCAUGGUGGAGCAAAUGAGGCUGUGCUUAAGAUGUUGAAUGAGAUUGGAUCUGUUGAUAACAUUCCAGAUUUCAUCGAGGGUGUGAAAAACAGGAAGCGAAAGAUGUCAGGUUUUGGACAUCGGGUGUACAAAAACUAUGAUCCCAGAGCAAAAGUCAUUAAGAAACUAGCCGAAGAAGUAUUUUCUAUUGUUGGCCGAGAUCCUCUGAUUGAGGUAGCAAUUGCUUUGGAAAAGGCUGCCUUGUCUGACGAGUAUUUUGUUAAGAGAAAGUUAUAUCCAAAUGUUGAUUUCUACUCUGGACUAAUAUACAGAGCAAUGGGAUUUCCAACAGAGUUCUUCCCAGUUUUAUUUGCAAUUCCUCGAAUGGCUGGGUACCUAGCACACUGGCGAGAGUCACUUGAUGAUCCUGACACAAAGAUAAUGAGGCCACAACAGGUCUACACUGGGGAAUGGCUUCGUCGUUAUAUGCCACUCAAAGAACGCAUGCAAACAAGCGAUGUAGAUAAGCUCGGCCAGGUUUCCGUAUCAAAUGCUUCCAAACGACGACUUGCUGGAUCUGGGAUUUAGACUUCCAUUUGAUUUAUUCAAAAUUUUAAUUUAUGAAAAGGGCAGAAAAAAAGAAAUAAAUGCUGUGGAAAUUUGGAAAAGGAAUAAAAUGUAGGUGUGCUCCGGGUGGUUUUGCCUUCUAUAGGCAAAUUUUAGUAUCUGUUAGAGCAAACUAUCCAAGCUUUGCUCUUUAUUGUAUUCAAAAACAAUAAAUUCAUAGUUAGUAUCAUCAUAAUGGUUGUAGUUCCAAGCAUGCAAUAUAAUAAAUUUAACUGCUAGAUCUUGUGGAAAUUUGUUUUAGAUUUAUAUUAGUCAUGAUGAUUGUGUGUU